AUGGCGGAAGGCGGCACACACCUCAGUCCUGGUAUCCCCUCCAAAAGGGCCAAAGUUUCCCAGGACCAGGUAGUUCCGGACACAGGGGACCCAGGUCGAACCCCGCCGGUGUUCGUGCGCAAGCUCCGCAAGGCUGCAGUGGGGACAGGGUGUGAUAUCCGCCUGAGGGUGUCUGUGGGGGGUCAACCUGCCCCCUCUCUGUUUUGGUACCGUAACAAUGAUCUCCUGGCCCCGCCUGGGGAGAAGGAUGUUGGGGGUCUGUGGAUCAGGGAUUGCAAGGCCAGUGAUGCUGGUCUCUAUACCUGCGUGGCCAGCAACUGCCUGGGGGAGGCUCAGAGCAGCGCCCUGCUUGCCGUUAUGGACCUGGGAGAAGACUCUGAAACCACAGAGGAUGAAGCCACGGAGCCCCAGGUACCCAUGGAAACCAAGGAAGGACCUGGCGGGCGGCACCAGGACAAGGCUGGCCGUAGAGUGCCUGCAGGUGAAGGAUGUAGGAUGAUGGACUCCAGCCCUGACCGGAGGGCCACCCUUCCUGGGGGCCAUGACCCAGUGGUGGAGAGGGAGCUCAUGGCUUUGGGCUCGCGGCCCCCAGGGGCCCAGGACCCAACACACCCCGGCAGGCAAGCUCUCUGCGGCGGGACCGAUGGGGGGCCAGGGGCCCUAGUCAGACACCUGGGUGUGGAGCCCUUGAUCCGGGCGUCACACGCUAACCUGGCUCGCACUAACCAACCCAUGCUGGGGUCGGAGGAAAGUGUGUCUGUAGGAAGCGACUACUAUGGAAGCAUGUUCAGCCUCUACAGGGGAAGAACGAUCCCAUCUCCUUCUCUCCCCCAAACCCAAACAGGUCCAUCCUUCAGUCCUGCCUCACCCCAGUCCAGUCAAACUGUAUCCCAACCCACAACAUCUCUCAGCUCCCAUAAGAACAGUGUCACCUCACACAGUACCCAAGACCCUUCCCUAGGAGGAGCUGUGGUCAAAAACAAACUCCCAGGGAUGUUUUCAGGAGCCUCCUCCCAUACUUCAAGCAGCGGCAGCAGUGGUGGCAAGACACCCAAACUGGCCCGCGCCGCACCCAAGAUCUUUGACAAGAUCAAGGAGUUUGAACAAAAGGUGAGUGAGGUGAGUGCGGGGGUCAGAUCUGGGCGCUCUUUCGGCCGGGCGGCAUCCUGCGAUCUGGAGGGGGUCUCCAAAGAGGAGGGGACAAGCCAGCCGGAUGCCGCGGCCUCGAGGCGCUCCACGUUCGGAAAGAAGAGGGCCUCGUCUCUGGAGGACAAACCAAGCUACCAGCAGAGGGUCCAGAGCUUCCAGAACAAGUUCACAGAGGAGCUGGCCAGGAUCAAGAAGCUGGUGGGGAGGCCCAACCUGAAGAAGGCCUACUCCACCGAGCAGUUGCCCCAGAUGGAGAGACAGUCCGUGGGCAAGCUGGAGCCCAUUCCCCCUCAGGUGGUCAAGAAGCUGGAAGAGAGGGAGAAGGUCCUGGAGGAGAGAGGACUAUUAGGGAAGAGCGUUGAAGAGAGUGUUUCGUCCCGAAAAUCAUCCCAAUCCCAUGAGAAGGUUCUGACAGAUCAAAGGAAUGUUCCGCAACGGGAGCAGCAUGAUUCAGCUUUAGCGUCAGCUCAGCCGUCUGAGUCUAAAAGUGUGGGGAAAGGCUCUGUUUCCAUGGAGACAGUACUGGUUAACCAGUUACCAGGACGACGAUCACCCUCAUCAAGAGUCACGCGGAAUAGCCCAACCAGGGAAGGCCUUUGGAGCUCUCCUGCAGCGGCGAAGCCUCCACACACGGCCGAGGAACAACCACCUGUAUCUCCAACACUCAAAGGGCCUUUGGCAGAUAAAGAGCUGGAGCAGCCUCCACCCAGGAUGGACCACCCCGGGUCUCCAACCCCUACCGCACAAAGAGCACCGCCUACCUACCCCAAAGGGCCUUCCUCUCCGAAAGAGCUUGAGAAACCUCUACACCACCGCAGGCCUCCAAGCCCCAGGUCUCCAAGCCCCAGGUCUCCAAGCCCCACCAUGCAGAGAGGACCAUCACCGACCCCUGCCAAAGAGCCAGCCUCUGCCUAUCCCCCCAAGCCCCCACGGCUGUCCCCCACCCCCAUCUCCACCCCUUCCAUCAGCCCUCUAACGAAGAGACGGAAGGGAGAGCCGGGGAGGACGUCUCCCGCGCUGAAGAUGACCAUUCCUACCAUCCUGGUUGAGGACGAGCUCAUGGAAAUGGAAGAGGAGGAGGCAGGAGAGAAGAGAGAGAGAGAAAAGAUGAGAAGAGCAGGGAAGAAGGAGGGCAGGGCUUCCAAGACUCAGAAGAAGGGAAAAGUCUCGGGAAAGUCUUGGGAAAGUCAGCCUAUGUCUCCUGAGACAGGAGACGAUUCAGAUGACUCUUACAUGUCGGCAGAUGAGGGGCCAGCUGAGAAACCAGCGUUUGAGAGGCCCCUGGGGGACACCAUCGCCACCGCUGGCUCUGAGGUCCUGCUCAAAUGUGUCAUCACUGGCAAACCCCUCCCAACAGUGACUUGGAAGAAGAGUAAUGUUCUGAUAAGGAGCAGCCCGUCCCAUGUGGUCAGGGCUGAGGGGGAGCAGCACUCCCUACUGAUAACCCAGAUGAGGUCUGGAGACACCGGGACGUACUGCGUCACCGCUGUCAACGCGGCCGGGAAAGCAUCCUGCAACGCCACGCUCUACAUCAAACCAGAGCUGACCCAGGUGCAUGGUGGGAAGCCGAGCAGCUUGCCCCUGGUGGAGGUCACGAGUCCCCUCCAAUCAGACGAGGAGUACCUGAGCCCCCUGGAGGAGGUCAUGGAGAUUGGAGAACCACCCUCACGAGGGGUGGGGCCACAGUCUAAAUAUGCCUUCUUCAAAGAUCCUCCCUCCUUUCAGGCAGCACUGAAUGACCACGGGGUGACAGAGGGACAGGAGGUUACCAUGUCUGUCAAAGUCAGAGGACAGCCUAAACCUAUGGUGUACUGGUUGAGGGACAAAGUGACCCUAAAAACCAAUGGCAGAUUCAUUGUGCGUGAGACAGAGGACGGCACCAGUGAAAUGAUCAUCACUUCAGCACAGAGAUCUGAUGCAGGACUCUACACCUGCAAGAUCAUCAACGAAUACGGAACCAAGCAGAGCGAAUGCAAACUAGAGGUCAAAGCCUCCCCGGCACAGGAAGCCAUGGCCAUCAUCAGAGAGGUGCGAGACGUGGCGGUGAGGGCCGGAGAGUCGGCCAUGUUUGAGUGUCACAUGACCGGGCCUCUGGAUGUGGAAGUAGACUGGCUGUCCAAUGGGAAACUGGUUCAGCCGGCACUGCUCAACUGCAAGAUGACCUUUAACGGGAAGAGGUGCCGGCUGCUGUUAAACUCACUACAUGAAGACGACAGUGGAACCUACACCUGCAAGCUGAGCACUGCCAAAGAGGAGUUGACCUCCAGUGCCCACCUAAAGGUCACUCCCUCCAGGGAGCCCCUGUUCACCCGCAAGCUGGACAUCCUGGAGGUCAUAGAGGGUCGCACCGCCCGUUUUGACUGCAAGGUCAGCGGGUCCCCACCUCCCAUCGUUACCUGGAACCAUUUCGAGAACCCGGUGGAGGAGAGUGAGAAUGUGCUUCUCCUGCAGGAAGGAGGCCGUUACUCAUUGGUCAUCACCCACGUCAGCAGCGACACGGAGGGCUUCUACACAGCCGUCGCUAAGAACGCACGCGGAAAGGCGGAGUGCACAGCCGAACUCUACAUGCAGGAACCGCGGCCCGCUAUCUCUUCUCACAUGGCAAAGCUGGAGAAGAUGCCUUCCAUCGCUGAGGAGCCGGAGGUUCUGGAGAGCGAGGUGGAGCAGGAGCAGAGGACCAUGCCUGACUUCGUCAAGCCCCUGGCUGACCUGGAGAUGAUCGAGGGGAAGGAGGCGGUGCUAAAGUGUAAGGUGGCGGGCCUGCCCUACCCCACCAUCGCCUGGUACCACAACGGCAAGAAGAUACACAGCACAGACGACAGGAAGAUGACCCAGCACAGGGAUGUCCACAGUCUGGUCAUCCGCUGUGUGUGUCACGGCCACGGGGGCGUCUACAAGAGUGUCAUCUCCAACAAAGUGGGGAAGGCAGCCUGCUACGCACACCUCUACAUCACAGAUAUUGUUCCUGAUCCCCCCGAUGGUCCUCCAGUGGUAGAGUCCAUAACAGGGAAGACCAUAACACUCAGCUGGAAGAAACCAAAGAGGCUUGACUCUUCCAUAGAUGGCAGUUCUUUGAUGUAUGCAGUGCAACAGCAGCCUUUGGGUUCCAUCCAGUGGAGCAUCAUAGCCUCCAACCUGAGAGAGACCACCUACACAGUCACCGGUCUCUCCAAGGGAGUCCGCUACGCCUUCAGGGUCCUAGCGGCCACCGCCAAGCUCCUCAGCAAACCCUCCCCCUCCACUGACCUGGUGCAGCUCAUGGAUAGAGGUCCCUAUCUGAGGAAAGCUCCCAUCAUCCUGGACAAGCCUGACGUUGUGUACGUGGUGGAGAACCAGUCCGUGAGCAUCACCCUCACCCUUAACCACAUUAAUGCUGUGGUCACCUGGAAGAGGAGGGGAGUGGUUUUGCUCAACAAGCCAGGGAUGUUUGAGAUGAGCAUGCCAGACGACGACCAACACACCCUAAAGAUCCAGAGGGUGAAGAGCACUGACACCGGUCAGCUGGUCUGUACAGCCAACAACCAGUUUGGCAGCGACCUCUGUACCAUCCUACUGGCCAUGGCAGUGCGUCCUAAAUUUGAGUCCAUCAUGGAGGACUUGGAAAUACAUGUAGGAGAGACAUCUCGCUUUGCUGUGGUUGUCGAGGGACAACCCGAUCCUGAUAUUCUGUGGUACAAGGAUGACACUCUGCUGUCGGAGAGCAGUCACUUCACCUUUGUGUACGAUGAUACGGAGUGUUCCCUGGUGGUGCUGAACGCCCGGCCUGAGGACUCAGGGGUGUACACCUGCACCGCCAAGAACCUGGCUGGGCAAGUCUCCUGCAAGGCUGAACUCACUGUCCACAAAGCUCAGGACAGAGAGGAGGUGGUGGAGCCCAUGGAGGAUGAGGGGUCCAUUUUGAGGAAGAUGCGGAGGCUGACUGAUUACUACGAUGUACACAAGGAGAUAGGACGUGGGGCGUUCUCCUAUGUGAAGAGGGUGUCUGAGAAGAAGGGGAAGGUGGAGUAUGCGGCCAAGUUCGUGUCUGCGAGGGCCAAGAGGAAGGCCUUGGCCCUGAGAGAGAUGAACCUUCUGUCAGAGCUGAACCACGAGAAAAUGCUCUACUUCCAUGACGCCUUUGAGAAGAAGAACAUGGUUGUCAUCAUCACUGAGCUAUGCCAUGAGGAACUUCUGGACCGACUGACCAAGAAGACUACUGUCAUGGAGUCCGAGAUCCGGUCCAGUAUUCAGCAGGUGCUUGAAGGGGUCAGCUACCUUCACCAGAAAGACAUUGCUCAUCUUGACAUCAAGCCUGAGAACAUCCUCAUGGCAGGCCGACACAGUGACAAGAUCCGCAUCUGUGACUUUGGCAAUGCCGUCAAGCUGGAGACCAAUGAAGCCCACUACUGCAAAUACGGCACUCCGGAAUUUGUUGCCCCGGAGAUCGUUAACCAAACGCCGGUCUCCAAGGCAACAGACAUCUGGCCUAUUGGGGUUAUCACUUACCUAUGCCUGACUGGUGUGUCUCCUUUUGCUGGGGAGAACGACAGAUGCACCGUCCUCAACAUCAGGAACCAAAAUGUGGCUUUUGAGGAGAGUAUGUUUGCUGACCUCUGUAGAGAGGCCAAGGGAUUCGUCAUCAAACUGCUGGUGGCUGACAGACUGAGGCCUAACGCUACAGAGAGCCUUCGCCACCCCUGGUUCAAGACUUCAUUAAAAGACAAGAGCAUCAACACAGCGAUCCUAAAGCAGGUCUUAUCUCGAAGACGUUGGCAGCGUUCCCUCAUCAGCUACAAAUCCAAGAUGGUGAUGCGCUCCAUCCCUGAGCUUCUCAACGACUCGUCCAACCACAUCUCCAUCGCUGUGGCCCGUCACCUCAAAGAGGGAUCGCCCCCACCCUCCUCAUCCUCUGACUCGGACGAAGAUGUGGACGAACUCCCCUUCAUCCCCAUGCCUCUAUCUAUGGUCUUCUCCGGCUCUAGGGUCUCCCUCAACGAGAUACCAGGUGACGAGGACGCCAAGGAAUUAGGAGGAAGCAGAGGAACGAGAAAAAGGGUAACAACCGAGGAAGAUGGUGGGUCUUCAGAAGAGGAGAAGACUGCAGUGAAAACAAAGAGAGUCCCCCUGAAGAAGGGCUCGAGUGUGGAGGAGGAUGACACUCCGACGAAGUCCCGGAGAGCGACGAUGAGGAGGGGCAGUUCAGCUGACUCGGCUCUGCUUCUCCACAUUGAGCCAGAGGAGGGGGCUGUGGAGGAGGGCAAGGAAGACAGCGGCAAAAAAAGCCUUAAAAAGGCAGUUUCCAUGGAGCUACCAAAUCGGAGCCCCAGCCCUGGGGCGGCUAAGAUGAGCCAGGAGGACUAUGCCCUCAAACUGGAACUGAUGAGACAGAGGCUGCUGAGGGGAGGCAACAGCAAAAGCGGCCUGCGAGGUCCUCUGCUGGAGACCCUUGGAAUGGACAACGAGAGGCGAACCUCGUCCCUGGACCGAAACUUAAGGAGAUCCAGGGUGGGGGCGCCAGAGCGGUCGCUGGCCAGAGCAGCCUCUACCGAAAGUACAGUGGAGGACACAUCCAAAACCAAAAUGUUCCAGAAGAGUUCCUCUUUCAGUCAGGGAGACUCGGAGCCCAUGCCCCUACACCGGCAGUUUGGAGCCCCCUUAGAGAUCCCCACUAGCACAUCUAGCCAGAGCACUGAGAGGAGAGACAGUGCUGAAAGGACCCAGAGCAUUGAGAGGAAUGCACAGGGGAAAGACCUCCAGGAGGCCACUUCCAUAUCAGCAAUUACGGAGCAGACCAGGCUGGAUUCCAGACCUUACUCUCAUGGGCCCUCCUCCAUACAGCCCACACCAGUCAAAGAGGACCAAGGAGCGAGGGAAGAGAAAGAGCCAGUGGAGAAGAAGAAGAGCAAGUCUGAGGAGACUUCUGAAAGAGAUGAAGAGAUGGAGAGAAGGACCAAAGCACAGGAGAGGGUUGAUAGACACGAGUCGAAGAGGGAGAUUUCCCAGGGCAGGUCUCCUACUGUGUUAGCUCCUGUGAUCGUCAUAGAGGAGGAGAAUACUGAGGAAGAUGAACAGAAAGAAAAGCAGGAGAUAGAGUUAAAGAAAGAAGAGGUGAAAGCAAAAGGUUAUGAUUCUUCAGGGGUUAUGCCUACAGAAAAAACGUCUGCGUAUGCCAAUGUGAUGCAAACUAUUGUAGUACCAUCUGGAAAACCUGACAGCAGCCGGAGAUCUCAAUCAACACCUAGCCCCACAUUUCCUGAACACCCUGCCGUCUUUGCCAAGGUGGCCACCGAACGCCCAACAAGCCCAACCAUCUCGACUAGCUCGUCUACGGUCCCAGACCGCCCCACCACCCCACGCCAACCUACCACGCCACUCAGAACAGAUAUCAAGGACAUCGACUCAGAGGAAGUCUUUGAAUCCAGGUUCAAGAAGCGUGAGUCAUCCCUUACCCGUGGGCUCCGGAGACUUACCAGGACCAAAUCAGAAGAGAAGUCCCCGACCCUUCCCCGUAAGACAGGCGAGGGUGAGGAGGUAUACCGGCCGGGGCGUCUGGGGGCGCCGCUGGAGAUGGUGCCCCAAGGAUUGCAGGAGAAGUCCAAGUCCGUCCAGGACUUGAGGGAGGUGGAGAGAGACACAGGGUCCCUGGGCAUCAUUGGACGGUUCUCCAUGCGCACCAAGAGGACCCCGUCCAUAGAUAAAAAGGAGGAGAAGUCAAAGGAGACUGAGCCUGCGGCCAGUAAGCGCAGGGUGUGCUGGGCCAUAGGCCGCAGUAAGAGUCUGGACACGACAGAGCUGGACAAUAUAGAGGCUCGGAGAGAGCAGGAGGCGAGAGAACGCAAAAAGAUGGAGGAGUCGUCUGUCUUCGCCAUGCGGCGGAAGUUCGAGAGCAAAGUAGCGGGUAUCUCAGCCAGUUUGAGGAGCAAGUCAGAGGAAAGGAAGGAGGAGAAAGAGGCCAAGCGACGCGUGGAGGAAGAGAAAAGUCGUAAAGAUGCAGAAGAAAAGGAUUUUAAGAAGGUCAGCGAUUCCCCCGUCUUGGCGAUGAGGAAGAAGUUUGAGAACAAGGUGGCAGGAAUUUCUGGGAAAGUCCGAAGCCAGUCAGAGGAUAGGAAAGAGAUGAAGGAAGAGAAGCCAGAGGGAAGGAAAACUCCACUGUUUUCCCAUCAUCGACAUUCCCAGUCCGAGGGAAGAGGUCUCAAAGAGAUGGGGAUCCCAGAGAAUCAGCUAGCCAAACAGACAAACAAAGAAUCCAAAGUGUCCAAGGAAUCCAUUGGGUCUGCAUCAAGCCUUCAUUCCGAAAAGUCAAAAACUCCAGAGACUGACAGGCGGUCGCGGUGGGACAGGUGGGGUCUGGGCAGGAGCAGGAAGGAUAAGACCCCCUCUCAGACUGACCUCCCCUCAGCCAAGGAUUUCCCUCCUGUGUUCCACAUCAAGCUGAGGGACCACGUCUUAUUGGAGGGUGACCCUGUCACUCUUAGCUGCCUCCCGGCUGGCAGCCCCCACCCACAAAUCAGCUGGACAAAAGAUAAGAAACCACUGGAGAUGGACGACAGGAUGAACCUGAUCUCCUGUCCAGACGGCAGGCAGCUCGUUACCAUCAUGAAGACCAGCAGGAGGGACGCAGGGCUCUAUGAGUGUGUGGCCAGUAACCCCUUAGCCAGCGUCACCAGCUCCUGCACACUGUCCCUGGCCUGUGUCCCCAAAAGGCCAGGCACCCCGGAGGUUCCCCAGACAUACAACAACACAGCCCUGGUGCUAUGGAAACCAGCCGACACCAAGCCCCCCUGUAGCUACUCUCUGGAGAGGAAGACAGAAGGUGAUGCCAACUGGCUGAUCAUAGCGACUGGAGUGGCUGACUGUUACUACAACGUGACAGACCUGCCACCAGGGGGCGCCUUUAGGUUCAGAGUGGCCUGCGUCAACAAGGCUGGACAGGGACCCUACAGCAACACAUCGGACAAAGUCAGCCUGGACUCAACAGUGACUGUUAUCCCAAAGGUCAAACCAGCAACCUCUCUAACCUCCCCUGCGCCCUUCCCUGCUCCCACCGCAGCUCUCUCUCCCUCUAAACCUUCGGCCCCCUCCAGCCCUGCCAUCACAACCCCUCCAACUGAACCCCUGGCGGUCACCCCUACCACCCCUCCAACUCUCCCCUCCCCGCCUGUAGUCAAACCUCCUCCCUUCGUCCUCCCCAAACCCCAGAGUCCUGUCAACGUGGUCCCACCCAUGACCCAAACCCCGCCCAUCUCUCCCCCUCUCCCUCUCGUUACACCUCCUUCCACCCCCACCAAGCCCGUCAUGGCAUCCGUUCCUACCUACGCCCCUGCCCGUAUGGCCCCCAGCCCCCUCCCGGCCCCCUCUUUCUCCCCCCAAGUGCUCCAGGUCAGCAGUCUGAGCCCAAUAGGGGAGGGGAGGGGCACCCCUGUUCGAGGGACCCCCAGGGACCGCACCACACUCAAGCCGGGUGAGACAGCUCUACGACAGGGAGUCCCACAGAAGCCCUACACCUUCCUGGAUGAGAAAGCCAGAGGGCGGUUCGGUGUGGUCCGGGAGUGUCGAGAGAACGCCACAGGACACGUCUUCAUGGCUAAGAUCGUUCCGUACGACCAGGAGACUAAGAAGUCCAUCCUGCAGGAGUAUGAGAUCCUCAAGUCUCUCCACAACGACAAGGUCAUGACCCUCCACGAGGCCUACGUCACCCCACGUUACCUGGUACUGGUGGCUGAGUACUGCACUGGCAAGGAGCUGCUCCACAGCCUUAUAGACAGGUUCCGUUACUCGGAGGAUGACGUGGUGUGUUACCUGGUUCAGCUCCUUCAGGGUUUGGAGUACCUCCACAACAGACGCAUCCUCCAUCUAGACAUCAAGCCUGACAACGUCAUGGUCACCAACCUCAAUGUCAUCAAGAUCGUAGAUUUUGGCAGCGCGCAGAACUUCAACCCUCUCUCCCUCAAACAAUACAACAGCGGCCUGGGCACACUGGAGUAUAUGUCUCCGGAGAUGGUGAAAGGUGAUGUGGUCGGCCCUCCAGCUGACAUCUGGAGCCUGGGGGUUCUAACCUACGUCAUGCUUAGCGGUAGACUGCCUUUUCAGGACAAAGACCCACACCAGACUGAGACCAAAAUCCAGAUUGCCAAGUUUGACCCGACCAAGCUCUACCCCAACGUCUCCCAAAGUGCCUCGAUGUUCCUCAAGAAGAUGCUGAGUAGCUAUGCCUGGGCCCGUCCGAGCACCAAGGACUGUAUCACCCACGCAUGGCUGCAGGACUCGUACCUGAUGAAGCUGAGGAGACAGACGCUCACCUUCACCACCACCAAGCUGAAGGAGUUCCUGGGGGAGCACCAUCGACGUCGCACCGAGGUCGCCACCAAACACAGGGUCCUCCUACGCUCCUACUCCAGCUCAGCUUCUUCAACCACAUCGACCACACCAAACCUACCUAAGUGAAGGCAUAUGCCUUAUGUCAGUGUUAACUGGCCACCAGAGGGUGGAGGUAUGGAGGAUGUGUGGUGCACAACCGUGGGCUCCAUAAUAGAGGGAGGACUGAGUCCUCAUCCCCCACAGUAAGUUAUGGGAGUAGAGACUAGAGCCAUGAGCAUUGCACCAGCCCACAGACUGCAUGGAGUCUCAUUCUACUGAGAACUAACAGAAUGAAUCUUGGACAGUUCAUCAACUGAGAUUUUCAUCCAGUUGUUGGAUUGUUGGACACCACGGUUUCAAAAUAUUGAGUUAUCGUUUGUUUUUGGACCUGGCACGAUUUGUUUCUAUUUCAGGUCUACUGUCUGCUAGUACUACUCCGAGCUUGCUAUCGCAAUGUGUGUAGAACUUUUAAAUAUAUAAAACAGGACAUUUGGUUUGGAAAAUUCAUUCAAUACAAUUAACCUGGAACAUAUUUGUCAGUUUGAUUUUAGAGCACAGCCUUAUUUCUGCAUCCUGAUAUUUGGUGGUGAUUAUGUGAAUGUACCAUCAUUUAUGCUGCUAAUUUAUGUUGCAUUUAUUUACACAUUUCAAAAACACAAAACCAAAAAGGUUUUUGUUCAUGAAAUUGUAUGUGACCUGUUUACCUUUUUCAUGUUAAUUUAUUUGCAUGUGUGCUUUUUUUCUUCUUUUGGGUGAUUUUCUAAAUACAAUGAAAACAGUGCAAAAAUAUUGCUCACCAUUGUGAUUAUACUGUUCAUAAAUACAGAUAAUAAACCUGUGAAUAUAGUAGAGUAUCUUAGUAGUCAGUGGCGCAACCAGAUGUCCUGUGGUUGAUGCUCAAGUUGAACAAUAGUGCAACUUCAUUGAUGAAAACGGCCAGACUUUGAUUAUGUAGAUUCUAGUCUUCUAUUGGAUUUCUCACACCUCAUCAAUGUCAUCACUGCGCCAAUGGCUGGACUAGAAUUCUACAGUAUGUUCUGUUGAUUGGACAGGUUGCUCUUAGCUUGACCAGCAGUCAAUUUUGCCUAAAAUGGGUCAAUUUACAAACUUUAUCAUGUAAAUGUGUUGUCCAUGUAAAUGGCUUACUUACAGAUGAUGCCCAAUAUGUGUUCUGUUCAUUUAUUGAACUAUUCAUAUCAUACAAUUUUGGGACACUUUUGUCAACCAUUAGGCCUACUGCACAAAAUGGACAUAGGUGCCAUGAAGAAAGAAUACACAGAAAGUCCUUUUUGGUAUACAGACUCCUAUGUAUUACUUUUCAUCAUACAUACAGUAUUUCUUUUUGUAUGACUUUGGAUGGUUGAAUAUUUGUAAAUGUUUUAAUUUGCAGUGUUUAUAAUGUGGAAAUGGUUUAAAAUGUUUUUAUGAAAUAGUCUGUAAUAAACUAUUGAUACAAUUG